AUGCGCCUCCACGUCCUUCAAACCCAGGGCAUUCCGCCCAACAGCAUUCUCUCAGUGAAGUCCGGUAGCUCGAGACGGCAGCAGCUGAUACCAUGCCAGGCACCUUUCAAGCUCGAGCAGCCGCCUGUUCCUGUGGAGCUGGAUGUGCUGACCUGCAGGGCCAAAGGUCAUGAGGUUUGCUCGCCUGGUCCAUGCGAGAAGCUCUUGAAGGUCCCCAUGAGCAACGGUGGCAAGUCCAUGAGUGUUACCUUCCGUGUGCGCAAAGUGGAUGGUGAGGAGGAUGAGAGCUGCCACACCCCGAAGUUAAGCAGAAAGGACAAGGAAUCUGCCAUCGAAACAUAUCUUGUCAAGCACGACCUGCACUCCUUCAUGAAAGAGGUGUUUCAGGGGCUCACGGCAGAGCAACCGGAGGAUCCGUUCCUCUACAUAGGGAGGUGCUUGCAAGCUGCGGCUGCUAGGGACGUUGGCUCGAAGGCUGAGCCGCCCGAGCCGCCCGAGCCGCCUUCCGUUGCCUUCCAAGAGUCAGGUCCUGUGCUCAAGGGAGCCAGCCGCCCGAUUGCUCGAGAGCAACAAGCUUGCACGAUGCAGAGGCUGCGGCGGAAAGCGCGGGACACCCUGUCCAAGGGGUACUCAGACGGGCGGCUGCAUUCUGCUUUGUGCAGUCUUCCUGAAGAGCAUGAAGCGGAGUUGCUUCUGCAGACGCGAGAACCCGGCGCAGCCCAAGCUCAGCACCUUCGUGCUGAUGCAAACGU